AUGGCAGAAGAUUCCGAGUUGUGGGAUGUUAUAUGUGAUGGUCCUUAUGUCCCAACGAAGAAAGUCGGAGACCCUACAGUGACGAUGCCAAAAACCAGGAAAGAAUACGACGAUGCUAAUAGGAAAGCUGUGGAGAAAAACUUUCGUGCCAAGAAAAUUUUGGUGUGUGGCAUAGGACCCGAUGAAUACAACAGGAUCUCAGCUUGUCAAUCUGCCAAGGAAAUAUGGGAAGCUCUAGAAACAACACACGAGGGAACCACUCAAGUAAAGCAAUCUAAGAUUGAUAUGCUUACCACUGAGUAUGAGCUCUUCAGGAUAAAACACGAUGAAUCCAUUCAAGACAUGCGCACAAGAUUCACUUCCAUCAUAAAUGAGUUACACUCGCUUGCAUGGGGAGAUCCCUCCAGUGAGUCUGAAGAAGAAACUGAUGCAGGUGAUAGCUCUAUGAUGGAAGUUGAAAGUGAUGAAAAUGAAUAUGAUUCAAUAUUUGCUUUGAUGGCUCAAUCUGACAAUGAUGAGGUAAACUUCAGGGAGGUUCAGAGAAAUUUGAAAUCUUACUCUCCUAAAAAACUCAUGUCAUUCAAAAAUGUGUUUAUUGAUGCCUAUCAUAGUCUUUUAGAUGAUAAGGAUGCCUUAACCAUAGAGCUAGGAGAUGCUGAACAAACUAGAGAUGAUUUGGUGGUUCUAACUGAAAAAAUUGCUAGUGUAGAACAUGAAAGAGAUGAUUUGGUGGUAGUAGCUGUUGACUUAAAAGAAACCAUUGAGAAUUUCAGUAAAGAAAAAGAUGCCUUAGUAGAGAAAGGGAUUGCUAUUGAGCAGGAGAGAGAUGACCUUUUAGUAGUGAUUUUAGACUUAUGGGAAACAAUAAAGGAACUUGAAGUUGAGUGUAGGCCUGGAAAUUUUGAAAAAGGGAAAGAGGGAGCAAUGAAAGGAAGCAGUCAACAAUGGUUCAUGGACAGUGGAUGCUCAAAACACAUGACUCGAAAUACCAUGGACUUUCUUUUACUAAAAGCCCUACAAGGAGGAAGUGUAUUCUUUGGAAAUGGAAAAAGGGGUACAUUCUUGGUUGGUGAUCUGAGUUGCUUAAAAUUUGUUGAUGAUGAUGCUGAACUGUGGCACAGAAGACUGGGGCAUGCAAGCUUCCCUUUUCUGAAUAAGCUGAUUCAGCAGGACCUGGUUUGUAGUCUGCCCAUGUCAAAGUUUAAAGAACACAAAGUCUGUGAUGCCUACGCUAAAGGGAAGCAUGUGAAAUCCUCAUUCAAGUCAAAAAAGGAUGUUAUCACCUCAAAACCACUUGAUCACCUUCAUAUGGAUCUAUGUGGCCCUAUGAGAGUGCAAAGAUGGGGAGGAAAAAAAUAUAUCUUUGUGGUAGUGGAUGACUACUCUAGAUUCACUUCGACUCUAUUUCUUAGAACAAAAGAUGAAACCUUUGAAGUGUUUAUAGAAUUAGUGAAGAAAAUCCAAGUGAAGAUGGAAUCAAGAGUAGCAUGCAUUAGAUCAGAUCAUGGAACAGAGUUUGACAAUGCUAAGUUUGAUGAAUUCUGUAACGAGAAUGACAUUACUCACAACUUCUCAGCCCCAAUCACUCCCCAACAAAAUGGAGUUAUGGAAGGAAGAACAGAACCCUUGAGGAAAUGGGAAGAACAAUGCUGA